AUGUCUGACCAAGAGAUCAAAGCCUCAGUUCUGCACGCUGUCAAAGAUCUUCGAGUAGAAUCCCGUACCCUCCCACCUCGAUCCCCAGAAGAACUCCAAAUCCGCAUCGCCUCCACCGGCCUCUGUGGCUCCGACCUCCACUACUACACCCACUUCCGCAACGGCGACAUCCUGGUCCGCGAACCGCUCUCCCUCGGCCACGAAUCCGCCGGUAUCGUCGUCGCUACCGGCUCUUCCGUCUCGACUUUCCAACCAGGAGACAAAGUCGCCCUGGAAGUGGGUCUGCCUUGCGAGAAAUGCGAACGUUGUAGGGAGGGCAGAUAUAACAUCUGCAAGGAGAUGAAAUUCCGCUCUUCGGGGAAGUCGUUUCCGCAUUUCCAGGGCACGUUGCAGGAGCGCAUCAACCAUCCGGCGAAGUGGUGUUAUCGCCUUCCGGAUGAGAUGAGUCUGGAUGUUGGUGCGCUAUUAGAGCCGUUGGGUGUGGCGGUACAUGCGUUUCGGCGGAGCUUGAUGCCCAAGGGAGCGAACGUGCUGGUUUUUGGCGCUGGAGCUGUGGGGUUGUUGUGUGCGGCUGUAGCGACGAUUAGAGGGUCAGGGAAGGUUGUGAUCGCGGAUAUUGAUGCUGGGAGGUUGGAGUUUGCUGUGAAGAACGGGUUUGCGCACAGCAGUUUUACGGUGCCGAUGCGGAGGGGGAAGGAUGUCGACGAGAGUCUGGCUAUUGCAAAGGAGACGGCGGGAGAGAUUGGGAAGGUCGAUGGGGUCGGGGAGUUUGAUGUGACGUUUGAGUGUACUGGCGUGCCGUCCUGUGUGCAAGCUGGGAUAUAUUCAGUAAGGUCAGGCGGCCGCCUAAUGCUAGUCGGCAUGGGCCAUCCAGUCCAGACCCUCCCACUCGCCGCAGCCGCACUCCGAGAAGUCGACAUUGUCGGCGUGUUCAGAUAUGCGAACACGUAUCCAGAGAGCAUCGAGAUCGUCCAGCAAGCGGCUAAAGCCGGAAUCGACCUUACAAAGCUUGUGACGCAUCGGUACACCGGGCUUACAGCUGCGCCAGAAGCGUUCCAGAUGGCUGGUAGGACGAAAGAUGCGGAUGGGAAGUUGGUGCUGAAGGUCGUGAUAGAUAGCAUGAACGAGCCGUGA